AUCUCAUACAUAAAAAAAAAACCAAACCACACACACAGUAAGCCAUGACGAAGCGGUUCGAGUUCAACUGGCAGAUCCCGGUGCCGGAAGUGCUCCAGAAUGGGUGCGUCUUCGACCGGUGGACCGAGGAGAAGGAUAACAACGAAUUUGAGCCAGACUGCCUGUUCAAGGUGGACGAGUACGGCUUCUUCGUCUACUGGAAGAGCUCGGGGCGGGAAGGUGAUGUGAUAGAGCUCUGCCAAGUCAGUGAUAUCCGUGCCGGUGGAAUGCCAAAGGACAUGAAACUGUUCAACCAGCUGUGCAACAAACACGGCGAAAAUGUGGAGGAAAAGUCGCUCACAAUCUGCUCCGGUACGGACUACAUCAACAUCAACAUGCAGCACGUGGUCUGUCCGGAUGCGGCCACGGCCAAGGUUUGGCUCGAGGGUCUCCGGAAAAUCACCCACAACGGCAAAGCAAACAACUUUUGUCCGAUGACUGCGCUCAAGAAGCAUUGGAUGAGGCUGGGAAUGCUGGUCGAUGCCAAGGGAAAAGUACCUGUGAAAGUGGUGGCCAAAACAUUCGCCUCCGGUAAAACUGAAAAGCUAGUCUACCAAAUCCUGUCGGAUCUCGGGCUGCCGAGCAGCAAAAAUGACGCCAUCGAGAAGGCGGACUUUACGUUCGAAAAGUUCUACGAACUGUACCACAAGAUCUGCCCCAGAAAUGACAUCGAGGAGCUGUUCCGAUCGAUCACCCAGAACAAGGCGAACGAGAUCAACCUGGACCAGUUUGUCAACUUCCUCAACGAAAAGCAACGUGAUCCUCGGCUGAACGAAAUCCUCUACCCGUUCUACGACGAGAAGCGCGCCCUCGAGAUCAUCAACACGUACGAGCAGGACGAGAAAGCGCGCGAAGCCAAAACCCUCACCAAGGACGGACUGAUCCGGUACCUGAUGUCGGACGAGAACGCGCCCGUGUUCCUGGACCGGCUCGACAUCUACAUGGACAUGGACCAGCCGCUGAGCCAUUACUACAUCAACUCGUCCCACAACACGUACCUGUCCGGGCGGCAGUUCGGUGGCAAGAGUUCCGUCGAGAUGUACCGCCAGACGCUGCUGGCCGGCUGCCGGUGCGUCGAGCUGGACUGCUGGGACGGGAAGGGCGAGGACGAGGAACCGAUCAUCACGCACGGCAUGGCCAUGUGUACGGAUAUUCUGUUUAAGGACGUAAUCUACGCGCUGCGCGACACGGCCUUCGUCACCUCGGACUACCCGGUGAUUCUGUCGUUUGAGAACCACUGCUGCCGGGUGCAGCAGUACAAGCUGGCCAAGUACUGUGAUGAAAUCCUCGGCGAUUUGCUGCUGAAGGAGCCGCUGCCCGACUUUCCGUUGGAACCAGGAGCUCCCUUGCCUCCGCCGUCGGCGUUGAAGCGCAAGAUCCUCAUCAAGAACAAGCGGCUCAAGCCGGAGGUCGAGAAGCGCGAGCUGGAGUUGUUCCUGCAGGGCGAGUUCGUCGUGGAGGACGAAGUCAAGGAAGACGCCAGCGCGGUCCGAAAGAUCGAUCCAACCGAAGAAGCGGCGGCGGUGGCCCCAACCGCGGCUGCCGCGGAAGGCGGCGAGGAAGUUGCGGUGGUUCAGUACACCGGCUCAACGACCAACGUCCAUCCGUGGCUGUCGUCGAUGGUCAACUACGCGCAGCCCAUCAAGUUCCAAACGUUUGACUAUGCCGACACGAAGAACAUCCACCACAACAUGUCGUCGUUUGCCGAAACGACCGGAAUGAAUCUGCUGAAGCAACAGGCCAUCGACUUUGUCAACUACAACAAACGCCAAAUGUCUCGCAUCUACCCCAAGGGAACCCGUGCCGAUUCGUCCAACUACAUGCCCCAGGUGUUCUGGAACGCCGGCUGUCAGAUGGUGUCCCUCAACUUCCAAACGUCCGAUCUACCGAUGCAGCUGAACCAGGGAAAGUUCGAAUACAACGGCAACUGUGGCUAUCUGCUGAAGCCCGAUUUCAUGCGACGAGCGGACCGAAAUUUCGACCCAUUCGCCGAUGCCCCCGUGGAUGGUGUGAUUGCUGCAUCCUGCGGCGUACAGGUCAUUGCCGGUCAGUUCUUGUCCGACAAGAAGGUGGGAACCUACGUCGAGGUGGACAUGUACGGUCUACCGUCGGACACCGUCCGAAAAGAGUUCCGAACCCGUCUCGUCCCGGCUAACGGUCUCAACCCGGUCUACAAUGAAGAACCGUUCCUCUUCCGUAAGGUGGUCCUCCCAGAUCUUGCCGUGCUUCGGUUCGGAGUUUACGACGAAAACGGAAAACUUCUCGGACAACGAAUCCUCCCGCUGGACGGUCUCCAAGGUGGCUACCGGCACAUCUCCCUCCGUACCGACGCCAACUUCCCCAUGUCCCUGCCCAUGUUGUUCUGUAACAUCGAGCUGAAGAUCUACGUCCCGGACGGCUUCGAAGACUUCAUGGACGCGUUGUCCGACCCGCGCGCCUUCAUGGGUGCCGCCAAGGAACGGUCGGACAACAUGAAGGCCAUGGGCAUCGAAGAAUCUAGCUCGGGAGCGGCCGCCGACGCCACCAAGGGCACGAAGACUACCGAAGUCACCGAACCGCCGCUGGUCUUCGAUCCCAUCACUGUGGAAUCACUCCGCCAGGAGAAAGGGUUCCAAAAGACUGCCAAAAAGCAGCAAAAGGAACUCGACAGCGUAAAGAAGAAGCACGCCAAGGAACGGGCCGGCGUCCAGAAGACGCAGAACGCUGCCAUCGAACGGUUGAUCAAGGGAAAGAGCAAAGAGGAAAUCAAAGCCGAUCCCGCCAUCCGGAAGGUGAUCCAGGAGCAGAACGCCACCUGGAGCGAGAUGAUCGAGCGCCACAAGAAGGAGGAGUGGGACCUGCUGAAGACGCAACUGAACGACCAGAAGGAGAUCCUGCGAAAGCUGAUGGAAACGACCCAGGCCGCGCAGAUGAAGCAGCUCGAGGCCAAACACGAACGCGAGGUCAAGAACCUGAACAGCCAGCAGGCGAAAAUCUCCGUCGAAACUUCGAAGGAGGUCGCCAACGACAAAACGCUCAAGACCAAGGGCGAAAAGGACCGGCGACUGCGCGAGAAGAAGCAGAACAACAUCAAGCGGUUCAUGGACGAGAAGAAGACUGCCGGCAUCAAGCAGAACCGCGAGAAGGAAAAGUUAAAAGUGACCCACGACAAGCAGCUCGAGGAACUGGACAACGACGUGCAAAAGCUCAUCCAAAUGUACGUGGUCGAGGAGGAGGAGUACAAGCUGACCAGCAAGAUGGAGUUUUACGCUUAAAGUGCUGGCCGCUGCCACGAGAUGAUACAACCGAGCAAAACUCAUGCAAACAAUCUGAAAAUCUAGAGGUAAACAAAACAGCUAAUAAUCAUAUGUAUAUGAGUACGAAAACCCCAUAUUUUAGAGAAAUAUUCAACAACAACAAUAUGCUCUAUAAUCAUAUGAAAUGUAUCAUGUUGUGCAAAAGUCUUUAGGAGAACCAAAAAAAAUUAAGAAUUAGAAAAUAAAAAAACAACAGCAACACUAAUAGUAUUAACAAAACAAACCAACUACAUUUACUAUGAUAGCAAACAGAAAAACAAAACAUUUAGAAAAGAGAGAGAGAGUAAUCAAAGUGAGAUUAGCUGUUUUAGAAACCAUCAAUUUCGUGAACAAAAUGAGAGGUAUCUUUAUAUACUGACUUGUAGUGUGUGUGAACUAAGCAAACAAACAAACAAAAAAAAUACUAAAAAGAGAUGUUGACCCUUUCGCACUGAUAGAAUGUUAUUAGAGUUGCAAUCAAAGCAAAAACAACAAAAAAAACACAAGGAAGGGGAUUCAGAAUCAUCCUACUAGUAAGACCGCGGGAACAAAUAAAAUUCGAAAAUCAUUAUGAAAAAAAAAACAUUUUAAACUAGACAAUUUCAACUGCCUUUCUUUAGCAAUGUUGUUGCGUUAAGUUUGUUUCGAUUUUUGCGCUUGUUUUCUUCUUUUUUGUUGCGAUACAAUUUUUUUGGAUAGAAUGUCAAUUAGAAAUGAAUCUGAACAUAGUUGUUGAAUAUUUUUGCUGGAAACAUUGCAAACAUUUUUGAAUGGUUGUUUUAUUUCUCUUCGGUGAAAAAUAGCGUCACAGUUCCUUGUUUUACACAACUCUCUACGAUUUCUCAUGUGUAAGAAUGUUAAAGUCACAUAUCAAAGAUUAGACAUUAGAUUGCUUUCCAAAAUUAGUCACCCAAAAACGUUUGAAAAUAUUUGCAAUGCUCCUUUUUCUAUCUUUUUUCGAAGUAGAAACCUUAGUUCAAUUUUCUGAUAGCAAUCAACAUUGUUUCAUCUUCGGGCAGCCUCUUUUGUUCGCACUGGCCGGAGUAGAAACUAGAACAUGAUAAACCCCAAUAUAUAAGCUGGUGAAAAGUGGAGUGUGUGUCAUAAAACUUUUGAAACUUACCAAUGAAAAAUCAUAUUAAAGUUAUAUACAGAAAAAUUUAAUUUUAAAAGCAAGUUACUGAAAAUGCAAAUGCAAGAUAAGUAUUUAGGGUUAAGCUAUUAUCGAAACAAGUAUUGUACUAUUAAAAAAUAAAAAGAAAGAGACAUCUACUUCCCCCGUUCCUCAACUCCCUCCCCAUCCUCCAGACUCCUCAAGCCGAGCUCCAUUUCCUGUCCCCUAUCUCUCUCAUCAUCUUACGAAUCGUUGUUCACUUUAAAAGAAACUACAACAAAAUCAUGAGUGCCUAUAAUACGAAAAAUCAUCCCUUACUUUUUUACCAAAACAACAAGAAAAGAAAUAAAAAAGGCGUGUGUGUGUGCGUUCGAAUUUCAAUUUCUUUCAGUUCUGUGAGUACUUUUUAAAAAUAAUUCUUUUAAAAAGUACCCUCAGAAUCUCAACACAAACACACACACGUUGAAAGACAUUCAACGAAAUGAUCAGUCCUAUCCAAAGAGAGAAUAUAAUGUGUAGAAACAAUUUUCUAGUCGUUACAUUUUAAGCAUGAAAGCAUUAUAACCACUUCAGUUCACUUCUCAACAACAAA